UAUUUAUACAAUGUCAAGUAACGUGGAAUAGGCGAGUUCUUGGUGGAUUAACUUCUUUUUUUAUCGAAUUGUUCGCUCGCCAAAGCGGGUAAAUAAUCCACUGUUGAGAUAAAUAGACAGAAAAAAUGGCCAACGUUGUUGGCUUUGAUGAUGCAGCCAAUACUGGCGAUGGGAAGCAUUUAGCAGCUAUUGCUGGAGCUGCAAGUGGCAUUCUUGAGCUCUCUGCCCUUCUUCCUGCUCCAGGGCUCCGCAGAGCAGAAAGUUCAGAGGCACUCAAUAUUUCACUUCAUCAGUGUGCUCGAGAUGGAAAUGUGGAUAACAUGCGGCGCAUCCUUGAUCAGUUGUCACCCAAUCAGAUCAAGCGGCGGAUAAACCAACAUGACGAAGACCUCCUCAGUCCUUUACAUUACGCAUCACGAUACAAUCAUUUCAACAUAGUCAAGUUGCUAGUGGAUAGAGGAGCAAAUGUAAAUGAUAAAGGAGAAGACAAUGCCACACCCCUGCAUUAUGCAGCACGAUACAGACGUCAGAGGGUGAUAAGGUCACGCUCUCUUGAGCCUGCUGAAACAGUUGAUUUGAAGCAUUCCGGGCAUGUCUCAACUGAUAGCGGUAUAGAUAGCGAAGCUAACAACCUUGUUGCAAAUAAUGUUGGUGAUGAAGAAAAUGAGAAGACCACAUCCGGGGCCCAAACUGACAUAUCAACAACCGAGGGACAUCAACGCAAGGGGUCCGUCGUUGGUCCAAAAGAAGAGGAGAGCAUUGUCCGCUACCUGGUCCAGAAGGGUGCAAAGAUCAAUGCCUGUGAUGACUAUGGUCUUACUCCGUUGCAUUACGCCGGCAUGAGAGGAAAUGAGGUGGCUGCCAAAGACCUGCUCUCCUUCACUGAGUGCAUGUUUGAGGCAACUGAUAAGGGGCUGAUGACAGCGCUUCAUCUGGCCGCCACCCAUAACCAGGUUGAGGUAGCACAGCUCCUGAUCGAUGCGGGGUGCAGCCUCCGGUGUUUGGAUGAGGAACUAAGUACACCACUUCACUUGGCGUGUAGUGAGGGAAGUGAGCAGAUCGUGCGCAUGCUGUUUGAGGCUGGUGAGAAGCUGGACGGCUGGGUCACAAUUUCACAGAUGGUGACUGAUCAGGACUGUGAUGGAAGCACAGCGUUGCAUGUGGCAGUAGAGAACAGCCAUUUUGAGGUUGCCAAGCUCUGCAUCGAGAAAGGUGCUGAUGUGAAUACCCACCGUACAGGUUGGAACACUGCCCUCCAUCUGGCCGCCAUAUCAGGGGACAUCCGUAUUGUCAAGCUUCUCCUGGAUCAUAACGCCAGGAUUGAUGUCCUCAAUGACCAGCAGGCAACACCACUGCACAGGGCUGCCUCUUUCAAUCAUGCUGAGGUGUGCCAAUUCUUGAUUGACAGGGGUGCCCAGCUUGAGAGGAAGGACAAGGAUAACUUCACCCCCCUGCUGCUAGCCUCGAGUGAGGGUCAUGACAACACAAUCAAGGCAUUGCUACAACGUAAAGCAGACAUUGAAGCUGUUGACAAGAAUGACAAGACUGCCAUAUAUUGGGCAGCUGAAGAAGACAACAUUGCUGCGUUGGAGGUCCUGCUGACCCAUCCCAAAAUAGAAGAGGUGGGGCUGAUUGAUAAGGGUGAUCGCUAUGACAACACACCACUCCACAUUGCAUGUCAGAAGGGAUUCACGGCAGUUGUAAAGAGUCUCCUUGACCAUGGUGCCGACCUUGAUGCCAAGAAUGAGGAGGAGCAAACGCCCCUCCAUCUCGCCUGCAGAUUUGGAAGAACCAACGUUGUCCGUGAACUUGUCAAGGAGAACAAGAUGGUUGUGAAUGAUGAAGAUGAGGACUCCAACACCCCCCUCCAUCUGGCUGCUCUUUCCGGUCACACCAAGGUCGCUGUUGCCCUCAUUGAGGCCAGUGCUGACAUUGAAGCAAGGAACUGCAACUUGUGGACUCCCCUAGAUUGUGCUGCUGCGAAGGGAUGGGUGAAGACCUGCCGAGUCUUGCUAGAGAAUGACUGUCCCGUUGAUCCCAUGGACAAGUCUAAGACGACUCCCCUCCAUCUAGCUUCUGCCAAAGGCCAUUCAGGUGUUGUCCGUCUGCUUCUCUCCUGGCAUGCCAAUGUGCGCCAAGUGGACAGUGACGGAAACAACUGUCUUGAUCUUGCUAUCGACAACAAUCACAAGCAGGUGGCACUGACCAUCAUCAACUCUGAACGCUGGAUGGAUUCGUUGAGGAAUCAGACCAAAGACCUUGCCACUGGAAUGAGGAACACCCCCAUGAGAAAGCUGAUCAGGAAAAUGCCAGAUGUUGCAGAGGUUGUCUUCAUGAAGUGCACAACAGCAAAUUAUGCCAAUCCUGAGCACCCCAAGUACAAGAUCACGUUCAACUAUGAGUUCUUGGAUGACAUGUACGCGGCAUGGCAUGAGGGCCCCGUCAGUGACAGUGGAUCAAGCACAGGGGCCUUUGAUGAAGAAACCAAAAAACUGAAGCCGGAUGCACAGCCGUAUACAAAAGACACAAGUGUCAUGAAGAAGAACCAUUGUCUCAUGAUCAUGGUAACUUCUAAGAGAGAAGACCUGCUUGCUCAUCCUCUUGUCACAGCACUUCUACGCCACAAGUGGAACAGUUAUGGCCGAUACUUCUACUACGUGAACCUUUUAUUCUACCUGAUCUUUCUCCUGUUCCUGACAGGAUACGUUGUGUCUGCAGAACCUCACGCGCCUCGUCAGUACAAAUGGGCGCAAGCUGCCAUUGAUAAGUUCAAUGGCACACAGUGUGAGAAAGUCAGACAGUACGGUAUACAACAAAACAAGCCUCUUGAACAGUUACUAUUCACAACAAUUUGCAAGUAUGCCAUUAUGGUGUUGGCAGGGGUACAGGUAAUACGAGAGGUAUUUCAAAUAUACCAAGCCAAGGCAAACUACUUCGGAUUUGAGAACUUGAUAGAAUGGGUCACAUACGUAUCGGCACUUCUGCUUGUGAUAGAUAUUGAGAGUCCCUGUCAAGCAGAGACUGGCUAUCGAUUGGAUUGGCAGUGGCAACUGGGCGCAGUUUCAGUCUUCUGGGCUUGGAUCGAGCUUGUGCUGUUUAUCCGAAAAGUUCCGCGUUUCGGAAUCUACGUGGUGAUGUUCACGGAUGUAUUUGGCACCUUCAUGCGUUUCCUCCCCGUGUUCAUGCUCUUUUUGAUUGCCUUUGCCUUGUCAUUCUUUGCACUGCUUGGCAACCAGGUUCCAUUCCGUGGAUUUGGUUCAAGUUUACUCAAGUCUGCAGUGAUGAUGAUUGGUGAAUUUGAGUUUGACACCACUUUCAAUACGAUGCAUGAAGCCGGGGGCAGAACAGAGUCUUCAGUGGUGUGGUUCGAAGCUGUCACCAUCAUCCAGUUUGUUCUUUUCCUUGUCAUCAUGACCAUUCUCAUAAUGAAUUUACUGGUUGGUUUGGCUGUAGAUGACAUCAAGGCUGUACAAGAUCAAGCUGUACUCAAGAGAUUGGCUAUGCAGGUUGAGCUGGCUCUGGAUGUAGAAAGUUUUGUACCCGCAAUCGUCAGGAGGAAGUACAUGACAAAGAGUCAGACGAUCAAACCUAAUCAUAAAGUAAACUGGUUCCGGCGGACGUUCACUUCGGAAGGACAGUUGUCAGCAGCUUCUAUCGCACAGGCUCUCAAUCCAGAAUUGGAUCAAAUAGAAAAAGUCCAGGAGGAACAGGAGAAACUGGUGGAGCAGGUUGACAGGAUGCGGCUGAAGAUGAAGGAGAUCUCAACACAGAACCAAAACAUCACAGAAAUGUUACGAGCCCUCGUGAAAAAUGCCGGCAUUGGCUACUUGGACGAGGAUGCGGUAGACGAUGAAGAUAAUGAGGUGAUAGAUAUAUAGAUAGGUGUCGCUAUUGGCGUUGAAGCCAAAACUCAAAAGGCGAAACACCAUGUCUACCCCUCAGGGUUGAAUUAGUUUUAUUGAGUUGAUGAAGACAAGAUUAGGUUGCAAAAGUGUACAAAAUUUUAAAAAAUCUUAGCAUAGCCUUUAAUUAAAACUUGUUUACUAGUACCAUAUGUAUGCAGUGUACAGAAGGUGGGGCGAAUUCGGUACCUUUUCAUUGAAAUAUUUUCGGUAAAUUUUAACCUUUCAUGUGAUUAUUAUUUUAUAACUAGUAAUUAUUGUUCCUGUUCUUGCGAAGUGUAUAGAUAUUGGGUAGUUAUAGUCAUGACAUGAUGUGGCUAUUCAAGGACUACCCACUUAACAUGCUUAAAGACUUUCACAGAUUUCUUAAUUUCUUAUCAAAAUGCUUUGCUAAUUUUAAAAUUACAAGGUUAUAACAGUUACUAUGUUCUUUUAGUUUUUGAAGUACAUGUAGUUUUGGGAUACCCUUUUCAUUGAAAUAUUUUCGGUAAAUUUUAACCUUUCAUGUGAUUAUUAUUUUAUAACUAGUAAUUAUUGUUCCUGUUCUUGCGAAGUGUAUAGAUAUUGGGUAGUUAUAGUCAUGACAUGAUGUGGCUAUUCAAGGACUACCCACUUAACAUGCUUAAAGACUUUUACAGAUUUCUUAAUUUCUUAUCAAAAUGCUUUGCUAAUUUUAAAAUUACAAGGUUAUAACAGUUACUAUGUUCUUUUAGUUUUUGAAGUACAUGUAGUUUUGGGAUAACAUUAGAACAAUAACAAGCAGUACUUAAAGUAUUUUGCAAGAAUUGUGUAUUCAAUUUGUAGUAAAUGAGGAUUAGGACCAUCAUAUUUAUAUUGUGGAUUUCAUAAAUUUGUCAUAAUGCACCUUCAAUCACUUGGUUCUAUGUAUUUUUUAGCUUUGGAGUAUCUAUUUUAUAUGAGAUGUACAUGUAAGCUUAUAAACUGGGAAGUUCACUUUUAGGUACAGGCUAUGCAUAAAUGUUUCUGGAAGGAGGUACAUGAAAUGGCAUGACUGUAUAUAGAAGUUAUGUAGAAUGAUCUGGUUCAUUCUGUCAAUGGCAUUAGCGGGGAUAAAAAUGUCUGCUUGAUUACAUGUAUGAUUGAUUUGAUUAUAUUUUACAAACUUUUAAUUUCUUCUGUCAUGUUGAUGGGUCAUUUUGUAUUCGGAAUUUUGUAAAAUCACUAUUGUUAUCAAUUACAGAUGUUUUAAAGGUUGAAGGGUUUAAAUAGUGUUAUCAUGUCAUCUGGUUGUGACUUUGUUUCCAGAAGCAAAAGACGAAUUUGGGAUGAAUGGAAAAUAUACUCAAACACGAUAGCCUGUGGUGUUUUCACUUCUCAUGGAAUCUUGUUGAUAUACUUGUAAUGGUAGCUAUUGUAGAUAUCUUUUAUAUUAAAACACUUCGUAAUCUUUUAGAUUUUGAUAUUCUAUGUACUGGGAUGUUAACUGUUAAAUACGGAUAAAUAAGAAUGAUGUUAAUUCCUUGUAAAUUUCAUAUUAUGAUAGCAAAGUUGUCCAUGUCCCCAGUUUCUUUUCUGCUCAUUCUACUGUAAACUCAGGUGUAUGCCUGAUCCAUGCUUCCAAACUAGUACAUGUAGGUUACUGUUUGAGGAAUUGUUGCCAAACUUGAGGUAUUGGUUGUCUCAUCAAACACUGCGAGCUAGGGUGGAGUCAAAAUGUACUGGUACGCCAAAACCAAGAUGCCUGUUGAGGUUUUGGUAAAAUGACAGCCAAAUCCGAGUGGCGAUGUUUGGUUAGUCGACAACCAUACCGACUUUAAGGUAUAAAUUUUUAUUCUUAUAAAAAAAGUCAAACUUAAUAAAUAUUUGGCACAUUUUACACCAAUGCAAGAUGUUGGGUUUUCUCACCAAAACCUAUGUAUUAAUAUUAUUCUUGAGAUCGAGCUAAUCAGUAUUCAAAUCUAACGUGGCAAGAUUUCAGAUAGCCUAUUCGUCUGUGGCGAUAUGCUACUCGGCCCAAUUUUUGUGAUGCUUAAUUCCAUCCCUAGGAUGUUGCUUUCCUUUGCAUGUUCGGAUUCCUUCUUGAUGCCACUGUGAUAUUGAUCGAUGUUAGAUAGGACCAUCUGUCUGUCCUCAGCACAUGAUCGGAUUCUGUUUGUAUUUUUGUUGAUAAUAAAUCUAUUGGACAUCUA